UGGUUUUUAGAGAAGCACAAUCCAUCUGUUGUUGUGAUUGGUGGUGAAAGCAUCAAUGAUUUUCUGGAUGUCAAGUGCUUUGGUCCUCCGGCUAUUUGUUGCCAACAGGGCCAAGUUGCUGUUCCGAGCAUCGCCGCUGCUAUUCCUUAGGUAGUUUUUGAGGCGUCUGAGGCAAGAGAAACUCCGUUUGCAUGAGGCAGAUGUCACAGGUAGAGUCAGAGAUAUGCAGAUUAGUUUGUAUAAAUCUAUAAAUGCAUCGCCGUAGGGUCUCAUUGGAGCUAGAAAUUCCACUGUGUCAUUCACUGUCUCUCCUUGCUAGAGACUCAACCAUAGCUCUCAUAUACUCACGAUUUUCUUGGGCAAUCUUUGCAUGUCCUUUGUCAAGCAUAUUUCCCAAUCUUGAACCGUCUUGUUUUCUCAGUCUGAAUUCAGCCCGUGCCUCCAUCGCAAACUUAUGGGCUGCACGUACAUGGUGGGUUUUGAAAGCUGUUGUAGCUUUCCGCCAGAUGCGGUAACUGGUGACAGUGAAGGUAGGCUCAGAAUGGAGCCCAUGUCCUCCACACAGGAAAUGCCUGCGUGCGAAGCAGAACGUAGUAUCUUUCGUGAUCGAAUAUUCUAGUUAGUGAAAACAGCCACAAGUAAAACUCCUUUGCUGAUUGCCAAACUGUUGCGAAGGGUACUUUUUCAAUGCUGGCCGACUGGGUCGUUCCUCGGGCUGCUGGCUGACACUAACAGUAUUCCCACUAGCACCAAGAGCAGCUUCAUCCACGUUCUCUUCCGAGUCCCGCUCCAUUUCUUGUUCCUCUACAUCGCCCUCACACUCCUUCGAUGAACUGCAGUCGUCCUCAUCCCCACUGACUUCUUCUGUAUGUCACUUUCAAUUAAGACAGGCUCGGGCUCAGACAACACUGAUUCCUCUGGAUGAGGUUGUUUUCUCACUAAAAAUCCAUCCAUUUUUUCCUCCAGUCCCACUGAAGGGGUUCGGCCCGAAGCGUCGACUGUACUUUUUUUCCAGAGAUGCUGCCUGGCCUGCUGAGUUCCUCCAACAUUUUGUGUGUGUUGCUCGGAUUUCCAGCAUCUGCAGAUUUUCCCUUGUUUGUGUUUUAUUUUCCUUCAUUCUUUCUCUUACACCAAGCACUUUACCCCGCCUCAGACGACGUUACUAGGGGCAUUGUGAAGUGAGGCAGCGUCAGCCACUGUUGCCCCGUUGUAAAAGGCAGCGCAACAAUGCGCCUUGUCCGGGGCAGCGGCGCCCGGGGGCAUUGUCUCGCUGGCGGGCCAGCUCUCCGUCGUUGCUGGGGUGGUCAUCCCCUGGCUGUAAAGCCGCAGUCGGGCCAGGUCGUGCAGCCGAACGGAAGGUGCUGUUGCCCGGGGAACCGAAGAGACGCCGCGACUCCGCGGGAGAGCUCGGCGCACACCGAUUGCAGUUACAGGACACGGCUCGGAGCUGCCAGACCGCCGGACGGAAGCAGUCCGAACUGGAAUCUGGAGGGCAGGUGACUGCAGUGCAUUUGAACCAUGGCAGACGUAGAAAAAAUACCUUUAAACAUAAAGAAUGUUCUUUUUUUUGAACAGACAAGCUUGAGAAAGUUUCUUAAAGAACAGAAGACGAUCCAAGAUGAUCUGCAAUCUGAACUAAGUACUUCAACCAUAAAGCCUCACCUGGUUAGAUCUCAGAAGAUCAAAAAGCAUUUAACAAUCCCUGCUUCUGAAGAGAAGUUAUAUGAAGAUACAUUGAGGCCUUUCUCUGCUUUACAGAGCACUGAGACUAUUAAAACCUUUGCUUCUUCGUACUCUAAUAUCGAUGUACAUACCAGUCACUUUGCGAGGCUGAAAUUCCCUGUGUCUCAGCUGCUGGAUGAGAUUAAUGGAAUGAUUCUUCAUUGCAAGAUUGUUGAGAUCCCAUUCCCCCAGGGGCUUGAGAACAUAUUGAAUUAUACCUGGAAGGACUUCAUCAAAGAUGUGACAUACGUCAAGAAGGGGUGGCCAACUGCUACUUGCAGAUAUGCCUGUUUGCAGAGACCAUUCAGUCAUAGGUUAGCUCUCAGUAAGAUAUCAAUUCAAAGUAUCAUUAGUGACAUUGACAAAAGCAGAUCUAACACCCAAACACCCACAGGGGAGGUGGCAGCAAAGUCAGCAAGAGGCGAUAGCAAACUUUUCGGAGCCACUCCAGUCAAAGGUAAGAAGAAAGCUAAAAGGAAACAAGGGAAAGUUGAAUCAUCCACAGUUCCCCAUCCAACAGGGUUCACAAUAAACUUCUCAAUAUCAUCCAAAGCUUCAAUGAAACAAGGCUGGAUUAUUGAGCCAUACGAUGACACCCUUGCGAAAGUCGACUGGAAGACAAUCUACGCCUUAAUGUUGGAGAAGAUUCAAGCUGCAAAUUCAAAGAUAAAAUUGCAAAGUAUGAGUAUGGCGAAGCAUGGAUUCGACAAGCCAGUGAUCCUCCUACACUAUGAAGAGGCCAGAACUGUGCCCUUGGGCAAAUACUGGAAGCAAGCGUUGGCCCCAGCGUUUGCUCUAAAGGAUGGAAAACCUCCAAUCCCAGCCAUGAAAGUAGAAAAUCCUGCAUUAAAUAAACUACAUUAUGCAUUAAAUGAUGGAUCGUGCAUCAUUUAUUAUCCUUCAGGAAAUAUCGCCGUAUGUCGCAGUCACUCUGGGCUCUCCUGUCCAGAAGCAUUUUAUACCAAUAUCUUCGAUGAUUCUGCAGUACGGCCCACCUUACUGGGCAGUUUCACACCAUUUGGAGAUGGGAGUAUUUUCCUACCUGGAGAAAAGUCAACUAUCCUGCUGUACCAUAACGAGGGUGGGCUGCUAAUUAAUGAACAUGAAAUUUCAAUGAAGCAUUGGAAAUGGCCAAAAAGAGGAAAUCUUCCUGAGCCAAUAUGGAUGCAGGUUAAUGACUACAUCACUGUACGAAUCAAUGGUCAAUUUUCAAUCAAUUUCACCUACAAAUGGCAGUAUGAGUAUAUCCGCUUCCCCCUUUCUCCCUUGCCGGAUGUAAUUCCUCCCAUGCCGGAUGAAAUGUUUAAAAGGAAGCGCUCCAGCUUUCAUAGACCAGUGGAGUUUAUUGGAGGCACACAGAGAGCCAAUAUCACAAUUCAAUCACUGCGGCAACUGCAUAAGAGGAUUAAAAACAUCAUUGAUAGCUGGAUGGAGCAUUAUAGAAAGGAAACAGGUUUGAGCCAACUUAGCCAAACUGUUGAGCCAGAUUUACAGCUUCAAAAGAACUCCCCAGCUUUGGAUCCAUUGAAUGUUCCUGCUGCCUCGAAGAAACACCUUCCAGAUUCAGCUAGCUAUAUUCGCUUCCUAACAAUCCCCGCUGUUGAGAAGAUCAAAUGCAUUCCCCGCAGUUGCACCUUUACAAGCUGGAUCCUGGACUUCAUGUUAGAUAGCCAGCAGGUUGUAAAAGUGGGCUCCCUCACCUCCACCCUGCUGACUCUCAACACGGGAGCCCCUCAGGGCUGUGCUGCAGUUCCCGAGGGUUCACAAGGAGCAGGAACCGUGGCUGCAGUCCCCGGGCUGCUGCCCUGUUAA